ACAGUCGUUUCAAAUUGCACGCUUUUGUCAACGAAAUGUGCGAAAAAAGAUAUUCUUUAAUAGUUUUUUUGGACGAAAAAGAAAUUGAGAGGAGCGAAACUGUCCAAGUAGACAUUGUGCCAACCAAAUGGAUAUUUUGUGAUGACCAUAACAAACUUGUAUGCCCAUUUAUAAAUGAAUCUACUAAAGAUAAAAUUAAUCUAUUACAUAAAUUAGUUCGUGAAAACAAACCAGCAGAUUCCAGUUGGAAUAAUUAUAGAGUGGAAGUUAGAGGAACAGCAGACACGUACAAAGAAGGACUCGAAAAGUUGAAAAUUUUACGUACUCAAGCGUACGCAUUUUCUACUGAUAACGAACAACAUAUUUUAAAGAAGCAAGAUUCAAUAAAAAAACAAUGCCGAUUAAAAGGCAUGGCAAAGAAAAAAAUUAAAAACAAAUCGUUAGAAGACGUCGGAACCUUUGAUUUGUCGACAGAUGAUGAAAUGGGUAACUCAAUAUCUUCUCAAAUAUUGGCUGAUAGUGACGACAACUCAUCAUCGAAUGCGUUGUCAAAAAAAAGUACAACGUCUUCCGACGUGCAGUCUUAUCUACAAAACCCAUUACCUUCUUGGUUAAAGCAAUCAUUUGAUAAACUAACUUAUCAAAUUGGAACCAAACAAAGUGAAUUAAUAAUUAUCAAGGAAGAAUUAGCUGAAAUAAAAGAAAUAAGAACUAGUGUCGUAAGACAGGUCAAAGAAAAACAGAAGAAACAUGAUUUAAAUCUUCCCUUCAACGCCUUAAACGAUUUUCUGUUAUUCGACGAAAAUUUAAAAACGGACAAAAGUUUACGUGAAGAAGUUAAACUAUUCAAUUAGAGUACACAAAUUCAAAAAAAGCUGAUAUUUUUAAAGAAAAAGAUUUUUAUGGUGCAGUUGGUAUUGUUCUUAAUAAUUCUCGAGAUUGGCAUGGGUAUAGAGAAAAAAGAAAAUUGCAAAAUCAAGAAAAAUUGGAUAAGAAUCAAGAAGAAAACACUGAAAACCCCACUAAUUCUAACGAAGAGAUGCUGUAAACAAAACAAAAAAUUCUUCUAGAUCAGGUCUAUUAGUAUGUUUUAAUUUAACUUCAAUGACAAAAUUUUAUUUGGGUAGUAGAAAUAGAGUAACAAUAUAUAUCAUAAAAAUUCAUGUGAUCAUUUACAUUAAAAAAAAAUUAUUAAUGGGUUGCAAUAGCUCUGUUUUAAAUGAAAUAUAGUACGGGAGACGGUACCUAUAAGGUCGAACUUCACCCAUCUGAUAACCAUACGAGGGG